UAUGUACGGAGUUAUUGCCCUUGCGUUAGUAUUUGCUACAUCCCUGACGGAUGGACUGACGGUUAACUGUUCAACAUUCAAUCCGAGUAUCUGUAACCCGGAUGUCAAUAAGUACUGCUUCUCAGACGGGAAAGUGGUGAUUUCAGAUUGUUUAGCUAAAGAAAAAAUAUGCGAUGCGAAUGACACCUCCGUUAUAGACGAUACCUGGGCUGCCUGUUCAAUAGAAGGUUGUGGGAACAGACAAUCAAACUCGACCCUGUUAUUGGCAUUGGUCACCAUUGCAGGAAUUCUGAAAUUCGCAACGAGUUAUAUUGUUAAAUGAGACUGUUGAUCAGUUUGGAGCCAGCAGUACAAUACAAACUUUUAAAAUUAUCUAGAAACAGAACCAAAUAUUAAAUCUAUAUAUAUUUGUUUUGAAGAGUUAUAUAGUGUGAUAUUUUGUGUAAUCGUGCAAGGACUAAAUGACUGGGGACUCCCACGA